AUGUCCUUAGUGGAGAAGAAGGAAAAGAAACCAUCGAAACCUAGAGAACUUCUGCCAUUUGAAGGAAUGGAAAUUGAUGAGGAGGCCAAUAUUAAUAAAAUCGAUUAUUAUAUUGAGCUGUUGUAUGAAAGCAUGCCUGAGAAGAUUAGAGGCUCCACUCUGAUCCUCCAUCUGGCCCGUAACCCUGAUAACCUGGAGGAGCUCCUGCAUAAUGAGGCUGUGCUUGGAGCUCUUGCGCGUGUCCUGAGAGAGGACUGGAAACACAGUGUGGAGCUGGCAACUACUAUCAUCUACGUCUUCUUCUGCUUCUCAAGUUUCUCGCAGUUCCACGGGCUCAUUACACACUAUAAGAUUGGCGCGCUGUGCAUGAACAUCAUCGAGCACGAGCUGAAGAAAUAUGACCUGUGGCAAGAUGAGUUAGAGAAGAAGAGCAAGGCUUGUGAAGAGGAUCCCGAAAACCAGAGCUUGCGGAAGGAGUAUGAGAAAACCCUUAAGAAAUACCAAAGCCUCCUGGUCAAACAGGAGCAGCUGCUGCGAGUUGCGUUCUAUCUGCUGUUGAAUCUGUCUGAGGACACCCGCACCGAGCUCAAGAUGAGGAACAAGAACAUUGUGCACCUGCUGGUCAAGUCUCUAGAGAGGGACAAUGAGGAACUGCUGGUGCUGGUGGUCUCCUUCCUCAAAAAGCUCAGCAUCUUCUUGGAGAACAAGAACGACAUGGCUGAAAUGGACACUGUAGAGAAGCUGGCUUGUCUGGUUCCAUGUGAACAGGAAGACCUGAUGAACGUCACUCUGCGACUUCUCCUCAACCUCUCCUUUGACACGGGUCUGCGCACCAAAAUGGUGCAUGUGGGUUUGCUGCCCAAACUCACUGCUCUGCUGGGUGAUGACACGUACAAGCACGUAGCGAUGCGUAUCCUCUACCACAUCAGCGUGGAUGACAAAUCUAAAUCCAUGUUUGCGUAUACUGACUGCAUUCCUCAGCUCAUACAAAUGCUCUCUGAACAUGGCGAAGAGAGAAUGGACACAGAGCUCAUUUCAUUCUGCAUCAACCUGGCUGCUAACAAGACUAAUGCUCAGAUUAUCUGUGAGGGUAAUGGAUUGAAGAUGCUGAUGAAAAGAGCACUUAAACUGAAGGACCCGCUGCUGAUGAAAAUGAUCAGGAACAUCUCACAGCACGAUGGACCUCUGAAACAGCUCUUCAUUGACUAUGUGGGUGAUCUGGCAGCUCAGAUCAAGCAGGAGAGUGAUGAAGAGUUUGUUAUUGAGUGCUUGGGUACAAUGGCAAACCUCACCAUACCUGACCUGGACUGGGAGCUCCUUCUGAAAGAGUACAACCUGGUGCCCUACCUCAAAGACCACCUCAAACCCGGCUCAGCAGAGGAUGACCUGAUCCUGGAGGUGGUGAUCAUGAUCGGUACGGUGUCAAUGGACGACUCCUGUGCCGUCAUGCUGGCUAAGUCUGGCAUCAUUCCUGCUCUUAUUGAGCUGCUAAAUGCCCAACAGGAAGACGAUGAAUUUGUGUGUCAGAUCAUCUACGUCUUCUACCAGAUGGUCUUCCACCAGGCCACCAGAGAUGUCAUCAUUAAGGACACUCAGGCCCCAGCCUACCUCAUUGACCUUAUGCACGACAAAAAUGUGGAGAUCCGGCAGGUUUGUGACAACACUCUGGACAUCAUCGCUGAGUAUGAUGAAGAGUGGGGGAAGAAGAUCCAAAGCGAGAAGUUUCGCUGGCAUAACUCACAGUGGCUGGAGAUGGUAGAAAGCAGACAGAUGGAGGACGCCGAGCCCUACCUGUACGGAGAUGAUCCGGAUGCCCUGGAGCAGCCCGAUCUCUUCUACAGCACUGACGGUAUGAUGGCCCCAGAGCCAGGCCUCAGUCCAGACUUCUACAGCCAGUUCCACUCUCAGAAUGGAGACUUCAACGCCUGCAAUGGAGCCGACGGACGUCCUGCCACUGCCUACGGCUUUCGUCCUGACGAGCCAUUCUUCCACGGCUACGGAUCCACCAGAUAGAGCUGCUGCAUAACACCAUCUCACCGCUCACUACAAGACCACUUUUAUCUCCUAGAAAACUCAAACGCUCAAACCAACCAAUCUCUUCCAGAAAAUGUGAGCCCACCCUUGGAUUUAAAGGCAGGUUUAAUAGCGAGACCCCAGUAAAAUGCUUGGUGAUGCUUUAUAAUAACUUUUAAUUAUUCAUUAACAAAAAGAUCAGUAGUUCAUGUACAUUCAAAUAUGCAAAAUGUUAUUUUAUAUUCAAAUGUUUAUAUAAGUUAUAAAUGGACUUUUCUCAUUGUUUGAAUGUAUGCAAAUAUGUUGUUAGGCAUUGUGUAAUCAUGCUUAACAGAUUAUUUGCGUACAUUACAUUAUCUUAUAUAAUGUAUUAUUAUUUAUGAAGGAUAUUAUGAAGUGCUGUAGUUCAGUUGACUUAAUUUGGGUUUAAGAUGUCUUAAUCUUGCGUAAAACAACUGACUUACUAAUGUCUAAAGUUUCAAAAUAGUCUUUUAUUUAUACAUUUUAUGUUUUUUUUUUUUAGGUUUUAGGGAGUGCACUUUAAUAGUAUACAGUAUAUUAAUUGAACUGGAAUGAAUCUGUUCUCAACUUCAUAUCCACUAAAUGAUAAUCAGCUAAAAUGUUACUGAUUGACUGAUUUAUCCUGUUCUCAUUAACCAGAGUUGACUGCAUACAUGCAUAAACUGCAUUAACAGCUUCAUAAUGUAGCAUCACUCACUUUAUUCAAAAUAACUUGCACUAAUUGUCAUGUAUAACAAAGCUAUAUACUGUGUCUGUUAGCUUAUAUAAGGCAUUAUUCCUCUAAGAGAUAUUUAUGAAUUAACUACCUAAUAAUGUACAGGGUUCAUUGCUGUGAAAAAGGUUGUCUUAUAACACUUUAAGUAAAGUGCUAAAUGCUGCCUCUGGUACUAUUUUAUGCUGUUUCUUUAAUUUGGUUAUGUUUCUGAUUGAGCUGUAGCAUGUGUCUGUUCGAUUUUAAGUUGUAUUUAUAGAGUACUGUAAUUUUAAUUUAUCACAAUGAAUUCAGGACCGCUCGGUAUUUCCAGACACAAAAUGUGCCUCCUAACAUCUUGGCCUUCGCUGCUAUAAUGAUCCUGUGAGUUUGACAGAUUAAUGUGAAUUGACCUUAACUGCGAACAGAAGAAAUAAAACAAUGCACUGAU